CAAAUUCAAGCCUCACUUCUAAGCCAGGCUUCGUGACACCAAAGUAGAUGCCUUGAAAGCUCACAGGGUGGUUAAUGCGAAUUUGGAAACAUCCAGGGACGAUGGGUCUCUAUGCACGUUCACCAUUUGAAGAUUCGUUCAACAAGAAAAGAAGACUCUCUCGCGAGCGAACACUAGGGUUUCGAAAACAGUGAGCAAUGUUUCUGCCUCCAAGUCGUAAUGUACAUAGAUCGAGCUCUCUAUCUGAAAGGUUAAGCUCCUCAGAUUUCUGAAUCAGAGAGACAAAGACGAAGAGGCUGCAAUCUCAAGCAAUGUACAGUGUAUCGAUUGAUGGCCAAGACCACGAAGCAUCGCGUCCGAGGAAGAUUCCACCAUCGUCGUCCCUGUUAUGGGCCCGAAACCUUCGCCAUUACAUCGGAUCCGGUUCUGGUCUCGGUUCUAAAGCAUUAAUGGAACUUGAGACAGAGAAUAUUGCUUAAUAUUUUCAAAGAGAAGCAGCAAAAGAGUGCUGAAGCUGGCACAAUUCCAAGCUUCUAUAAGAAGACAAAAUUUGUCCAUUUGUUUUGGUAUCUACUUGGAUAGAACUUGAGUGCAAAUGCUGAAGGGAGAAGAAACCAGAAGAAGGCUCCAUCAGUCACAGGGUCCAGAGGGUGGCUAAAUAUCGUUUUCUAAAGUAUUAGGAUGUGGAUUGGCAAUAAUUCAUCAUUUCGUACAUGCAGAAGCAAUCUGAUCUUUUACUAAAUGCUGAUGAUCUGGAUGCCAUGUGGGUUUGCUUCAAAGAAAAUUGUGUGAUUGAUGAUGCCACUGGUGCUGAAAAGAUGAAUUAUGAGGACUUUUGCCACAUUGCCUCUGUGUGUACAGAACAAAUAGGCCCUAAAUGUCGACGCUUUUUCAGUCCGUCAAACUUCAUGAAGUUCGAGAAAGAUGAGUCAGGAAGAAUUGUCAUCCUGCCAUUUUACCUUUAUGUCAUGCAUACGGUUUCACUUACACAGGCCAGAAUUGACAUGAGUGAGCUCGAUGAGGAUUCUGAUGGUUUUCUACAACCUCAUGAAAUGGAGGCGUAUAUACGAGGCCUUAUUCCUAAUUUGGCACAACUUCGGGACAUGCCUGCAGCCUUUUUUCAAAUGUACUGCCGCAUAGCUGCACACAAAUUUUUCUUCUUUUGUGAUCCUCACAGACGAGGUUUGUCAUGUUCUAAAUCUUAUUUAUCUUAUUCAAAAGAAAGAUAA